AUGUUUGAGCCCCUCGAGACGCUGCUGAAAUAUGAUACCCCUGUGUUAAUCAGCAAAACCACAGAUAAAAAGUGCUCAAAGGGGGGGCGUCCAUUUAAAGUGAGCACCCAGCCCCAUGCUGACUCCCCCGUGCCACCGCCACCUAAAGCCAAAUCCUCAGCAUCUCAAGCACCCCCCCAGCAAAAUGAAGACAUACUCAACCUCAUAUUUCCACCCAGGGAAUGGAUGGAAGGAAACCAACUGUGGGUGCAACAAGUGUCCAGUGCACCAUGUACGCGAGCAGAUGUGGUGAAUCUCGAGGAGCAACUAGACAGGAAACUGCAGCAAAGACGCGCCAUAGAGACGGGAAUAUGUCCUGUCCGAAGAGAGCUUUAUACCCAGUGCUUUGAUGAGCUGAUCCGACAAGUGACCAUCAACUGCGCUGAGAGGGGUCACUUGCUGCUGCGGGUCCGAGAUGAAAUCCAGAUGACUAUCGCCGCUUACCAGACUUUCUACGAGAGCAGUGUGGUUUUCGGCAUGCGGAAAGCUCUUCAGGCCGAACAGGACAAGGUGGACAUGGAGAAAACCAUUGCUGUGCUGGAAAAGCAGAAAGAAGAGCUGGUGAAAGAGUUACGUGACGAAAAGGCCAAAUGCGACGCCAUUGAAAAGACUGAAGAGGAAAAACAUGAAGUGCAGGAAAAGAAGUACACAGAACAGAUUCAGUUCCUGAAGAGAACCAACCAGCAGCUUAAGGCCCAGCUGGAGGGGGUUGUGACACCGAAGUAA